AUUUUCAUUUCCUCGUCAAAAAAUUAUAUAUAACCGAGUGAAUCAACCUUGAAACUCUCUUGCCUUGAUUGGCAUCUGAAUCUGUAUUUCCUUCUCCUCUGAUAAUGGAUCAACCCGAAGGAAUUGGAAUCAAAAUCUACAAUGCAUCCCCACAUGUCGAUCCAUCCAUCUACCCAUCUUCCCCACAACCAGCCCCGGGAAAGGCCCAUGGCGGUGGCCGGAAAAGGCAGGCGAUGGCAAAUGGGGUUCAGAAAACGCUGUCCAGGACAUCCAUGCUCGCAAACUUCCUCCCAACCGGGACACUUCUCACCUUUGAGAUGGUCCUCCCAGCCGUGUACGGCAGGGGGGAGUGCUCUCCGGUCAGCACACUCAUGAUCAACGUCCUGCUUGGCCUCUGCGCCCUCUCCUGCUUCUUCUUCCACUUCACUGACAGUUUCCGGGCGCCUGACGGCCACGUCUACUACGGCUUUGUCACUCCAAAGGGGCUGGCAGUGUUCAAGCCCGGCCUGGCCGUUGAAGUCCCCAAAGACGAGCGUUACAGAAUUGGUUUCAAUGAUUUUGUUCAUGCCGUCAUGUCUAUGAUGGUGUUCGCCGCCAUUGCUUUCUCGGAUUAUCGGGUGACAAACUGUCUGUUCCCCGGACACGCCAAGGAGAUGGAUGAAGUGAUGGAGAGCUUUCCCCUGAUGGUGGGCAUAAUCUGCAGCGGCCUCUUUCUCGUCUUUCCCAAUGUUCGAUACGGCAUCGGAUGCAUGGCAGCCUGAUCUUUCUUUCAUAUUGUUUCUCCUGGACUUUUCUGUCAUUUCAACGUACUGUUAAUCU